UAAGCCGAUCCUAGACUGGGAAUGCCUUGUAUGCCAGUAGCGAGGGAAUGAUUCCGUUCAAAACAGUAUUUCAUCGUUAUUUUCCCCUGCAGGUUUACGACUGUCGUGCAAUGUUUUUGUGGCCUUUAGGCCCAGCUAGCAUGCUAACCACUUGGCUAGCUUUUAGGACUUUGCAUCAGCUUUAACAUUAGCACACAACUUCACGCCAGCUAACUUUAGCUAGCAUUUUCGUGUAAGCUAGCGGAUAUAAACCGAUCAUUUUGUGGCCAAAUAAUUAUUUCUCAAUUAUCUCUCUUACCUUCAUUUAUUAAAACAUCCACGUUAGGAAAUGUUGUUCGCAAUACUAUAAAUAAACCAUAAAAUAGUCAAUGUUUGUGUUGCACACCAGACGCAGAACCAAAUCAAACAUGCGAUAUGCAGGGAGAGAUGUCAAGGCAAAGAUGUGCAAACAGUGCGGGCACCUCGGCAUCACCACCAAUAACUACUUGCUAUUUUUAUUUCUCUGAGGUUGGAUUCAAUCUAUGACCCAAUGGUUUCAACGAAUAAGUCCCUUACAGAUGAGCUGCUGCUUUCCCAUCAUAGUCAUACAGGAUAAUAAAACUUCAAGAAUUGUGACACUGCAUUUCGUAGCUCUGAGGUAUGUCCGAAGAAGAAUUGGAAGAAAUUGUACAAAUAACAGUGGAAGACUUUAACACAGAGGGCCGUACAGCAAACAUGCUGGACAAUCAAGGACAAAAUGAGGCGAGUCCUCAGAAGAAAAAGAGAAAAUUCAGCAGCAGCCAAGAAAACAGCAGCAACAACCAGGACAUAAGUUACAUUAAGAAUCUGAUGGUCUCAUUCACUGCUUCAGUCGGCCAGCGAUUGGAAGGAAUUGAAUCCAAGCUGCAGGCUCUGGACGCCACAUGUAAGACUCUAGCACAAAAGCUGGAUAGUAUAGUGCCUUGUGCCAAGAAUUCCAUCCAGGUUCCUAUGGUUGCUGGGUCACCCCAGGGGGCGACUCAGACUUGGAACAAAGUGCGAUGUGUUGUUCCGCAAACAAAUGUGAUUGUGAGCAGCGAAUCCAUGAAGCAGGAAGAUCCUUCCCUGGAAAAUCUGCUCAGCAAUACGGUGGCUAAAAGGCGCCAAAACACAAUCCUGGUGAAGGUACCAGGCCCUGAGGAGAGUCAGGAAGAAGUGGAGAGUGGCUCUGAGGCUAGUGACUCUGUUUCCAAUGGUGGUCAUCCCAACAAUGCACAAAAUGGACAAAAUGUUACACUCAUUACUCUCAACUCAGAGGAAGACUACCCUGGGGGCACAUGGUUAGGUGAUGAGAGUAACCCGGAGAUGCGUGUUCGUUGUCCAGUCUCGCCAGCCGACAUGCUCCAUAUCUCAUCAAACUGCCGCACAGCAGAAAAAAUGGCUCUCACGCUGCUGGACUACCUUUUCCAUCGGGAGGUCCAAGCCAUGUCAAACCUCUCUGGACAGGGUAAACAUGGCAAGAAGCAGCUGGAUCCGCUCAUGAUUUAUGGCAUUCGCUGCCACUUGUUCCACAAAUUUGGCAUCUCAGAGUCUGAUUGGUAUCGCAUUAAGCAGAGCAUUGACUCAAAGUGUCGCACUGCCUGGAGACGCAAACAGCGUGGUCAGAGUUUGGCUGUCAAGAGCUUCUCCAAACGCACACCUCGUGGCUCAGGCUCAGACGGAGGUCUUGCAGAAGAGACCACCCACAUAGAAACAGCCACCCAACAGACCCUGCACUACACACUGGCUAAUCAGCAGGUCCAGUUUCAUCACAUUGGAGAGGAUGGACAAGUUCAAGUGAUUCCACAGGGCCAAUUGCACAUUGCCCAGGUGCCUCAAGGCGAGGAAGUACAGAUCACCCAGGACAGUGAGGGAAACCUUCAGAUCCACCAGGUGCAUGUUGGCCAAGAUGGACAGGUACUUCGGGGUGCUCAGCUCAUAGCAGUGGCAUCAGCUGAAGGGGGGACAGCAGCGGUCGAGGGCACCUCUCUCCCUCCUGACAUUCAAGUGCAAUAUGUCCAACUUGCCCCUGUCACAGAUCACACAGCUACAGUACAGGCUGCCGAGCUUGCUCCUGCUCUGCAAGCCGACAUGGAGGUCAAAGAGACCAUCCAGGGAGAGAAUGGCGAGGUGGUCCAAAUCGUCACCCCCGUGGCUACCUGAGAGAGGCACCUGCUUUCUGGACUACUCAAACUUUUGGCCUUUACAGCACUACUGUGCUUCAGAGGUCCACACGUUCAAGGAAACUGACAGACAUUAAGGCCAACAAUUUAAGAAAUUCCAAACAUCAAUCCGAAACGGUGUGAGCAAGCCAUUUUUUUUCCGUUUUGUUUUGGAUGUCCUUUACCAAGCAGAUGUCCAUAGCGAAACGAGCCAUGAUUCUUCUGCUGUUGAUGUGGUGUAUUCAUCUAAAGAAGGAAUCGCCCCGCCCUUGAAUCCACACCGGGAUUAUUGUCUGUCAAGGGCGAUUGCUGCUUAUGCAGAGAAAUGGCACAUACACACUUGUUUACAAUGGUGAAAAAUACUAACAUUAUAGUCAAUGAUGUCAACGUUAAUGUUCUCAUCCAAAUUGUGAACUUCUGGAUUGAAUUUAAAAUUUGCUGAGAACAGCUACUUUCACAAUGAGCUUGUUUUAUCAGUUUUCACAAGUGAAUCCAUAUUUUUUUUUCUCCCAGCUGCGAGCUCCUCCCUUCACUUGCCUCAUCACGUUCCCAUAUUGUUCUGGUUUGUCAUUUGAUUUAUCUAUUUGUUGCUUGGUGGGGGGGUGAAUGCUUUUGUUUUGAAAGACCGUGAAAUACGGGAGCUGGUGCCAAUAUAAGUUGCUUGCAGCAUACCGAGGAAAGCCUGAAGGUGUUAAUCCCCAUUUUUGGCUUUGAAAAUAUACAUACAUGUGAAUAAACCAUGUUUGUGGUUGUA